GCCCGGGACCUCCUGGCGCACGCCUGUCUCCGACCGGACCGCGAGGCGGGCUGCUGCGGCACGCGGUGGUGCAGGGCCCGGACAACCCGGGAGGCUGGACAGCCCGGGCUUGGCCGAGGGUACUGCCAGCACCAUGGCAUCGCUGGCCGACCGGGUCCGGGGCAACGGACGCAUCGCCGCCGGGCUCCUGUUCAACUUGCUGGUGUCCAUCUGCAUCGUGUUCCUCAACAAAUGGAUCUAUGUACACCACGGCUUCCCCAAUAUGAGCCUGACCCUGGUGCACUUCGUGGUCACCUGGCUGGGCUUAUACAUCUGCCAGAAACUGGACUUCUUUGCUCCCAAAAGUCUGCCUCUCUCCAAGCUCCUCCUCCUGGCCCUCAGCUUCUGUGGCUUUGUGGUCUUCACCAACCUUUCUCUUCAAAACAACACUAUAGGCACCUAUCAGCUGGCCAAGGCCAUGACCACGCCGGUGAUCAUAGCCAUCCAGACCUUCUGGUACCAAAAGAGCUUCUCCGUCAGAAUACAGCUCACGAUGAUCCCUAUAACUGUAGGUGUAAUCCUAAAUUCUUACUACGACGUGAAGUUCCACGCCCUUGGCAUGGUGUUUGCUGCCCUUGGGGUGUUAGUCACGUCCCUUUAUCAAGUGUGGGUGGGCGCCAAGCAACAUGAAUUGCAGGUGAAUUCCAUGCAGCUGCUGUACUACCAGGCCCCCAUGUCUUCCGCCAUGCUGCUGGUGGCUGUGCCUUUCUUUGAGCCAGUGUUGGGAGAGGGAGGAAUAUUUGGUCCCUGGUCAGUUUCUGCUUUGCUUAUGGUACUACUAUCUGGAGUAAUCGCUUUCAUGGUGAACCUAUCGAUUUAUUGGAUCAUUGGAAACACAUCGCCAGUCACCUAUAACAUGUUUGGACACUUCAAGUUCUGCAUCACCCUGUGCGGAGGAUACGUGUUAUUUAAGGACCCGCUGUCAUUUAACCAGGGACUCGGCAUCUUAUGUACGCUGUUUGGCAUCCUCGCCUAUACCCACUUUAAACUCAGCGAACAGGAAGGAAGUAAGAGUAAACUGGUCCAACGGCCCUGAGCUUUGGCGGAGAAAAGACUGUACCAAAAAGAUGAGAAAUGUGUAAGUCUGUGGGAAAGCUACCAUGCAAGUCCCCCCAGUGACUUUCAAGAAGUAUUUUCUUCAAAUAUGAUGACUGUUAGUACUUUUCAUCCAGUUAAUUUUCUAAAACCAAAAUGGUUAGUGCUUUUCUUCAAAGACUUUCUGAAGCUGGAGCUGUCACUCAGUGGUGCAGCGUUUGCCUCAUAUGCAUAAGACCCUGGGCUCAAACUCCGGCGCCUACGAAGAAAGGCCAUGAACUGCAUGUAAGAUGGUUUCAUUCUACCAACUGAGAUACAGGAAAGUCGGGCUCUGUAGGAAUGACAGAGGGUGCACACUCCAGUGCUGCAGGCCUGCCCUGGCUUGUCUGUGCUUACACAGGACUCCUGCCCGCUAACAUGGGUUCCCACUGAGAUUAGUGUGUUAGUCACUGUGAGCAAGGAGGCUGCACUUAUCAGACACCACCGUUGAGUUACACCCAGAGACCCAGUCAGAAUUUAAAUUAAAAAGUCGUUUAUUUUCUUUAUCAUUUGGGCAAUUAUAGUAGAUUUGAGACAGGAUCUCAAAUGUAGCCCUAACUGGUCUGGAAUUCUUUUCCAUAUAGCCCAAACUGGCUUUGAACUCAGAGGUCUGCUUGCCUCUGCCACCACACCUGGCCUUUAACUGCUUUUAUUAUUUCAUUGUAGAACUGAAAUGUUCAUAGAAAGCAAACUGUCAUAGACACGGUCAUAGAACAGACCACGGCUCUGGAAGCCCUACUCUUUCAGUAGCAAGCCGAUAUAAGAAGGUCUUCCCUGUCAAACAGGGCAGGACUGCUUGAGGCAAGGCCCACUCAGCAACACAGACUCUGCCUGUGCUAGUGUCUGUGGUCGGAAGUAACUGGGUUGGCAGAUGGCCGUCUCAUUGGUCUUCACAUGGCUUUGAGCUUUCAGUGAGCUCCAGCUACUGUUCAUGGAAUUAGAAAGCAAAAUUAAAUCCCACGAUUAAAUGUCUCAAAGAAAGGCCUAUAGGCCAGAGGGAAUAGUCCCACAAUAGAGUACCUGCCUAGCGUGCACGAGGCCCUGGUUACAAUCCCCCAGCAACCACAAAAGCAGACUGUACAUGGAAAUAGGCAGGGCUCUCUGCCCUGGUAACUGCUGUCCAGCUUGCUUGGACAUUUCACCUUACUGAUUUCUGCUAUGGCCUCCAUUCCAGCACCCCGCCCCACCCCACCUCCCCACCUUCCACAGAAUGAAGCGGUGUGGAGGGAGCAAUGUAUGCGUGGGAAAUAGGGAGGAUGUGAAAGAGAAGUGAAAACACUAGCUAGCUGUGUGAGAUUUCAGAGGGGUGGAGAAGGAUUUUUAAUUGAGAUGCUGGCAGAAUGUGUGGUCUCCAGCAAAAUAGGGUACUGUGUCUGCCUUGAGUAUCGUAACAUUUCACCAUUGCAAGCUCCAUUGAUGACCUCACAAGAGUAGGGUCUCUCCUCUUGAAAUAACUUUUUCUGGACAUACACUCUCUGUGAGAAAACAACUAAGGCAAAGAGCCAUGUAUGUAUCUAUACUGCGACGACCGAUUUUAUCUUAGAUUUUUUUUUUUUUCACAGAGAAAGGUAACUUUUAGUAUCUCUUAGGGUCUUUUGGUUUUCCAAGACAGGGGUUCUCUGUGUAGCCCUGACUGUACUGUAACUCUCUGUAGACCAGGCUGGCCUCGAACCUUCCUCUGCCUCCUGGAUGCUGGGACUAAAGGUGUGUGCUAACACUGCCCAGCAUUUUUUAGUUUUUUAACCAAAUAAAAAACCAUGGGUUCUAUCCCGAGCACUGCCAAAACAAAAACAAAACUUUCAAGAAAUCAGGAAACGGGCUGCAAGUUCCUUGGCCAUGUAGACCACUUGGACUUCCAGGGCAGCCUGAAUUAAUGCUGAGAUCCUGUUAGCAGGAAAUAAAAGGGAAAGGCAAUAUACCUGUGUUCAGGAUCGUGUGUUUGGAGAAUUUCACUGUGUCGGUCUGUUGUAUGUCAGUGUAUGUGCUGCUAUGUUUUUAUUCUGUUUACAGAACUAAGAACUGCAGAACACAUGCAUUAUGCUUAAGCAUUUUCUAUGUGUGUUUAAAUUAGUGUGUAACUGUUUCCCAAAAGCUGAAGACAUGAUAUUCCAGCACAGAGGUCAUCUGGUUUUUGAUCAUUAACAACUGAGUUUAUUUGUGCUGUGUACCAGCUCUUAACUGUCAAUAAAACCUGGGGACAGAGGAUGA